AUGGAUAUCUUCAACAGAAACCCGCAGCCGGUCUGCACAUUGGCCUUUGACAACACCGGCCAAAAUCUGUGCCGCGUCGACCCAAGUGGACAUCACAUUCCCAUCUUCAAGGUGCACUUUCAAAAGAAUGAACCGCAUCUGAUCGUCUCUCGCCUGCCUUCUCCGGGGAUGUGGAGCACUGCCCCGUUCCCCGUCGGAACGAGCCGCUUACACAAAUCGCCGUCGAGUAAAAUCGACGUUUCGGUUCAUGGCCAUGAAUUCCUGCUCAAGCGAGACCUGCUCAAGAGCGACAACCACCACUUUGAUUUUCCGUCUCUUGGCCACUUCAAGUGGAAGCCUGAUGGAUGGGGCGGGAGCAGCCUGAAGCUGUACGACAAUCAACAGCGAUUGAUUGCGAAGUGCAAGGGAAAAACUCCCCAAAGCGGCCGAAUUGAGAUAUUUGUUCAGGGGAGCGAGGGGCUGCUGGAUCUAGUAGCGGUGACAGGGUUGGCGAUGCAGUUGUUCACCAUGAGAGAGAACAAGGAGGAUGACAUGUUUUUUGAUGCUUUGGACCAAGAUUCGCUCGACCCGCUUGACAUGCACGCAAUACCGUCGUCUUCACAACGACGCCGGAAGUUCACCAGACGAUCCGCGACAGGAUGCCGGACUUGCCGGAACUGCACAUCCACCGGGCGCCAGUGUGACGGCUACGAUCUGUCGAGGUUGCCUGCCAUAAAGCGAAAGACUCUGCCAAUUCCACAGCUGUCAAGUCUGGGGGUGCGACUGGCGUGGGUGCCUACGUCCGCCGAGAGGCGCUGCUUCUCCUACUUCCAGCACCAUUCCAUUCCGAACCUCGUGGCCUUUUUCGACUCGCAGCUAUGGCAGCAGCUAGCGCUGCAAAUCAGCCAUGCUGACCCUGCGGUCUACCAUGCGGCCAACAUGUUGGGCGCGUUGCAUGAGGACUCGGAAGAGAACCACAUGCGCCUGUUGGGAGAGGAUCUGGAUCGCCCGCGCCACCAGUUCGCUGUUGAGCAGGCUGCACGGUCGUACGCUCUUCUAAACAGACGUCGUGCGUCGCAGGAUCCUCAGUUGCGCAAGGUGGUGCUGCUGUGUUGUCUGAUCUUCGUGCUGUCUGAGCUGUUGCUGGGGAGCGGCCUACGCAUUCUCAAGGAGAUGCAAGGGUCUGAACGGCUAUCAAUUGACCCUUGUAUCGUCCAGACGUUUCAACGCUUAGACAUCCAAUCGUCGCACUUUGGUCCCGGCGCUCCCUUUCUCUUCGCUGGCGAUGGGCUGGAGGAGUUAUCGGACGGGGACUUUGUCACUGUCCUGCGGGACUUGCACGAAGUAAGACACCGGCUGAAUCUCCUCAUGAACGCAGGUGCGUCGUUUAUCGCCAAGUGCUGGUUGAUGACCCCAGCCGAGAUCCAAGCACAGUACGGGGUGCUCUGCCAGCAACAACAGCGCAUCAUUUCCUUGUACCAUCGAUUCCGCCACCAAUUCGACAUAUUCCAUCGCCAGAAUUUUCACCGCGUGAGAUACAAGGAGCAGCGUGGAAUGGAGAUCGUCCGACUACAGUUUAUGAGCCAGCUGGUGACCAUCAAAACCUGUCUGGUCCGAGAACCGAUCCCGGAUAACCUGACGCCAGAAUUUGUCGCCCUGUUGUCAGCCCAUGAGGCCUUUCUGGCCAAGUUCCCAGAGCGCCCGACACUUACGAUGGACUACGGUAUUAUCCCGGGCCUUUAUACGGUGGCCAUCAGGUGCCCACGCCCUCACAUUCGCCUCAGGGCCAUCAACGCCUUGAGGUCCUGGCCGCACUACGAGGCAAUCGUGAAUUCAAACAUUAGCGCCGCUGUCGCCCAGGAGGCUCUCAAGGCCGACUUGAAAGAUCGACGUGAUAUCGCUCCAACCGGAGUUGCGGAUGAAGAGUUGACUCGGUUUUUCAACCACACGUUGGUGUCCACUCCGGACAUCCUAAACUGGUCGCCCAUUCGCACCAUUACAGUACUGCAAGGUCGGCAGAAGCCAAAGCAUGAAGAUCGUGGAAAGUGA